AUGCCUCGAAAAUCAAACGUAAAGAAACCUGGGGUGCGGAGCUAUGGCACCUUAUCAAAUUAUUCGUCAGAGAAGCUAGAAGAAGCAUUACAAUUGAUUAAAUCUGGGGCUUUAACACAAAGGCAAGUAGCCAAACGUUACACAAUUCCAAGAUCUACUCUUAAUAAUAAAUUGAGAAUGAAGCACAGUAAAGCUGUUGGACGACCAAUAUGUCUAACCAUGGAAGAGGAAAUAAUGUUUCGGGAUCAUUUGCUUGCUCUGAGUGAUUUCGGUAUACCAGUGGGAAUUAAUGAUUUUAAAAUGCUUGUUAAGCGUUACUUGACAUCUAUCAAUAAACUUGUACCGGUGUUCACUGAUAAUACUCCAGGUUAUGAGUGGGGAAAGCUAUAUCUAGAGAGACAUCCAGCUCUCAAGGAGAAAAUCGCUCACAAUAUUUCCCGAAAAAGAGCACAAGUUAAUGAAGAUAUGGUCAAUAAGUUUUUUGAUCUGUUAACACUUGAAGCUGAUGGUGUACCUCCAGAAAAUAUCUACAACAUGGACGAAUCCGGCUUUCAUGACGAUCCAGGUAAAAAAAAACUCUUAUUCCGCCGUGCUAACCGACAUCCAGAGUUGAUCCGAAAUUCCACAAAAUCAUGUUUUACUGUUGUUUUUUGUGGAAAUGCAGUAGGAGAAUUCGUUCCGCCGUUUUUCAUAUUUAAAGGCAAAAAUUGCUGGUCUGACUGGUUACAAAAUGCUCCUAAGUCUUCUAAAAUGACCGUAUCAAAAUCAGGUUGGAUUGACGCGGAUAUUUUUGAUGAGUGCGCACAUAUAACUGUUAAGGCACUAAAACUUUGUGAGGAACAUAACAUUAAGUUUAUUUGUCUCAUCCCCAACUCCACUCAUCUUUUACAACCCUUGGAUGUAGGGUUCUUUUCCUCUUUAAAAACAGCCUGGAGGACAGUGUUGAGAACGUGGCGGCUAACCCAAAGAGGUAGGAAAGCUAUUAGUUUACCAAAGAAUGUUUUUGCUCAGUUGCUAAAACUUACCUUGGACCAAUGUGAAUCAACUGCAGGAUUAAAUCUGAUUGCCGGUUUCCGCAAAUGUGGAAUACAUCCAGUGUCACGAAGAGAAGUUCUUCAAAUCUUACCUGGGUAUGCAGCUACUGACGUUCAAACAUCUGUUGGUGAGACCUUCAAAGAAUAUUUAAAAGAAGUCAGAGAGUCAGACCUAAAUAUCAAGUCAUGUAGAAAGUUUCAAUUACCUGUUGAAGCAGGAAAGGCAGUCUCGGCAGAAGAAGUUGAAACAUUUUACAAAAAUAAGAUUGAUGAGCAGACCAAGAAGAAAGAAAAACCUGUAAAGAGAGGCAGACCAGUUGGUUCCAAAAAUGUUAACGGGAAAAAGAAAAAAACAAUAGAACAGAAAAAUAAUACAGCUGCAGAUCUAUCAGUCCCAAAAAACAUGAAUAUUGGUGAUAGAAGCCAUUCUGAUGCAGAUAUAAUGAGCAAUGUACCAGAAACUAUUGCAAGUAAUGAUGACAUGGGCAAAGAAAAUUAUUGUAAUACAAUAAAUGUGCUAUAUAUUGGACUAGAAGACACACGUGCUGCUAACCCUGAAUCAGACACUAAAGAACGACCUUUUGAUGACCCCACUAAAGAACCAGAAGAAGCAGUGGCACAUUUGGUUGGUUUUGAAAAUAUCACAGGCGAUUUUUUGGUUCAUUCAGAUGGAGGAAAACUUGUGCAGAUAAAUGAACAAGAAGAAGUGUUUGAGGUAAACAAAUUUUGUGUGUUUAAGGAUGAAGGUACCUUGUUCCCUGGACAAAUAAGAAAAAUAAGUGAAUCUUCUACAUUGUGUGUCAGCUGUCUAACUAAAAACUUGAACGGAGGAUGGAUCUGGCCAGAUAAACCAGACCUAACUACAAUCACUGACCUUUCAAUGAUUAUAAAAGUGCUGAGAGAUAACAAAAUAUCUAAAAGGGGCAAAAUCAUUUAUAUUGAUGAUGACUUCUUGUCUAUGGAGUGGGGAGAAUAG